AAGAAAAAAAAAAAAGAAAGAAGACUUAAAAACUGUACAACAAACUGCAAUUCUCAAGUUUGUAUAUCGUCGAUUGUCCAAAUCUAGGAAAUUAUAAUUAUAAUAACAGCAAUCUUCCAUUUACAUUAAUACUCACUCGUCGAGCGAGAAUAAUUAACGAUAUAAUUGACAAAAAAAUAUUUGAAACAGCAUCGUUUCUAACUAUAUUCUCUAUUUCCAGGUAUUGAAAGUUAAAUGAACAUUGCAGUUUUUCAACGUGUCUCGACUCACAGUCAGUGAAAGAUCAGUUUCACAACUGAGAAAUUGGAAACAGUGUAACAAGUCGAGGUCGGCGUCGAAUGUGGAAUAUUUUCAAUGGCGCGACAGCAUACGAGGAGGGUUCACCUUGUAGGCAGCUUCGCAUUCCGCGUCUUUCCCUUCGCCUCUUCCUUUGUUUCGUCCACAUGGUGCAUUCACACACUCACACAGUGACAUUCUAUCAAUGUCGUGUGGAACUAUGCAUACGUGCAGGCAAGCACGCAGGGAAACGAUUUUCUUUUAUCACGUUUUUAUCGUCUUUCCGCGUCUUCUUUCGCUGUACGAACUGACCGAGAGAGAUAAAGUGGGAAUCGAGCCGCAUAUUUUCGGCCUCCGCUUCUUAAUGCGCUACUUUGCGAGGCACGGUAAACAGGAAACGACGUCCACGUGCGUCUAUGCGCGAGAGAAAGGGCGGAAGAGAGAACCGGCAACCUUUUUUAGCCAUGUCUCGCUCGGCUCUCCCUAUUUUAUUCCUUAUUUGUGAUCGUUCUUCGUAUGAACUUUCGUUUCCAGCGGAUCUCAAGGUUGCAAAGUUUGCAAAGGAUUGGACAAGCGAAUGAGAGAAUGAACGGAGGAGGAAAUGAGUUACGAUGAAGGAAAACGCUCGUUUGAUUUGCGUGGCCAUGUGGAAGAUACAAGGGUCAUGGGAAAAGUUUCGGAGGAUUUAUAAGAGGACGCAGGCGCAAUCAGCGGUCGCAUGGAAGCCAGGGCGUGGUGGCAAUUUUAUACAGACACGCAGGUCUCCUCCUCGUAGCACAAACUACAAAAAAUUGCCGAAAUGCAAAAUUUCCAAGAGUUUUGUCAAACUUUUCGGCCAGCCCCUCGGCAUCGAUCAUCAACUGUGCUGCAAGCUCGUACAGGCGUUUGAAGGCAGUGUAAGUCAUUAAACGAGCAAGGUCGUUUCGUUAAUAGCACGAUGCCCACGGCAUACCGUGUCAUUUGUUGCUAACAUGUUUCAUUCAUUAGUAAGACGUCGUUUCGAGUGAGCCCGAACUACUGGAAUAUUUCGCAUAAAGGGCCGCCGGUUACGCCAUUGGGCACACGCACACAGCAACGAUAG